AUGGGGACCGGAAUUGUUGGCAUUCUCUUCCACAUUAUUCCGUUUGAAUAUGCAGCGUUGGACUACAUGGCCGUUAUUUUCUUCGUCCUGAAUGCCAUCCUCUUCGCCACCGUCUUCUCCAUGUCCAUCCUGCGAUAUGCGCUCUACCCCGAGAUCUGGGGCGUAAUGAUCCAAGAUCCCGUCAAUUCACUUUUCUCGCUACUUGUCCCAUGGGGCUCGCCACCCUGGGCACUGUGGAUUGUCGACGCGGUUGCUGCUGCGUCAGUGACGGUAUCGUUAUCUUUUGUCCUAGCCAUGUCACCUCGCUGGAACGCAGCCACGGCCCUCAAUUACUCCCGAUUGCUGCAGCGAUUGUUUGCUUCUGGAGCCAGUGCGGAAGUAGCUGAUAUUUUUGACCUUACCCCCGCCAAGGGGACAAUGGUUACAUCCUAUGUGCUCUGGGGAAUGGCGACACCCAUGGCAAUGAUGGUUUGGUUAUUUCGGCAUCGGCUGGCCGUCCAUAAGCUCCCAUCGCGGGGAGACAAUUGUGAGCUGCUUUCUGCCUGGGCCGUUUAG